CGUGUUGUUGCUAUUUUAUGCAAAAGUCACGUUUUUUUAAAUGUUUACUGAUUGAUCUUUAAUUUUGUGAGCUAAUUAGGUUUGUCAUGAUGGUGAAAACAAAUUUCGAAGUUAUCGUUGGUACAUAUCAAAAAUAUCUAGUUGGAAUUUCGCUUGGUAAAGAUAAAUCUAAAGAAUCUUUUAAUUUUGUGCAAUCAUUUGCUGAGGAAGCUCAUAUUGGAGGAAUCAAGUGUGUUGCUGCAUCCGGCAAUUAUGUUGUUUCUGGUGGUACCGAUGAAUUUAUCCGAGUUUUUGAUAUGAACUCACGACGAGAUGCUGCUUCACUUCUGCAGCAAGAAGGAACGAUAAAUUGUUUAAAAUUUAUAGACGAUUCACAUUUGAUUAGUGGCAGUGAAGAUUCCACCUUAUGUGUUUGGACCACUUCUAAUUGGAAGUGUAUUAAAACUUUAAAGGGACAUAAGGGCGCUGUUAAUGGUGUUUCUAUUCAUCCUAAAGGUAGUUUAGCUUUAUCAGUUGGUAAAGACCAGAAAAUAAUUACAUGGGACUUGGUCAAAGGUAGAAACGCCUUUGUCACCAAUAUUAAGGAAAUUGCUAACAAUAUUAUUUGGUCGCCUAGUGAAAAACAUUUCAUUGUUUUAUUCGACCAGCGAAUUGAUUUUUAUGAUGUCAAUGUUGCUGCACCUGUUCAAAAAGUUACCUUUGCAAAAGAUGUUAACUGUGCUAGUUUUUUAAAUGAUUCGAUUCUUUUGGUUGGAUUGGAAAAUGGUUGCCUUGAAAUGGUCGAUGUCUCACACAACAAGUCGCUUAAAAAUCAAAAAAUUCAUGAUUCCCGAAUCAAAGACAUUUGUGUAACAAAUAAGGGAAUAUUAACAGCAUCAUCAGAUGGAAUUGUGAAACUCAUUCGAAAGGCCAAUUUUGGUGAUAGAGGAUCUACCAAUUUAGACUGUCGCAUAACUUGUAUGACAAUUUUCAACCCUGAAAGUGAUUAAACCAAUUAAAGAUUCUUGCAUCACAAAA